CGUCUGCUAACGCGAACGGGUCUCCAAAAUAGGCGAUCCCACUCCUCUUUUCUUUUACCCUCUCACAAACAUUAAAAAAAAAAAAAAAACAACAAAAACAAAACAAAAAAGUUGUCAUCCCUUUCAGUGAAUCAUUUUUAAAUCGUAAUGAACCAUAUCGAUUGAAUUCGGGCCAAACAAUUGCGUGGAUGCGACCAAAAUCGGCAUCGACAAUACUACUCAUCAACCCCCCUCCGCUCGUACUGUUUCGUCUGCUUUUGUUUUCCAACUGCAAUCAGACGUCCUAUUCAUCUUCUUCAAGUUGUGUGUGUGGCACGCGUCGCUUUCGCCUUGAUUAGUCGACUACAACUGCUACUUUUGGCUGUACACGGCCCUAUACUAUUAGUCCCUUGCGGUGCCGCAGCAGCAGCAGCAACAACACGAACACGCACAAACGAAAGAAGCCCCUUAGUCCGUGAAUGAUCUGCGAGAAACAAGACCAAAAGAAUAGCGGCUAAAACCAUGGAAGAGCCGGAAUGGUGCACCCACUAUCACUACUUGCAUUCCAGUUCGUCUCUCUUUCAAGUGAUUGAUGACAAACAGCAUCUCUUCUAACAUCUUCCUCCGCGUGUGUCCCUUCACUUUUGACAUUGAAAAAAAGUACCAAAAGAAAGAAGGAAAGCCAUUGUUUUUUUUGCACUCUCUCUGUCUCUCGUCGCUAGUGGCCGAAAACAUAGUGAAUCAUCUGGUCGUUGGAAACAGCCGCGUUCCAUCUCUACCAAGAUAUUAAGCGAGAAAUAACAAGUGAUGAGACGAGGCAGUACAUUGUGGGCUCGACUGCAACGUGGAAUUCCGUCGGUCAACAUAAUGAAAUCGCUGGCAGCGUGCACCGUCCUCAUAUUGACGGCGGUAUCGUCGUGUUGCGUGUCGGCGAGCAACACGACCGAUGCCAACGCCAUUCGUGCAGCUGACGCUGAAUUGUUGCACGACGCAAUUCAAUAUUGUCCGUUGACGUGUUUCUGCGAUUUCGAAUCGUCGCUCGUCAGUUGCGCUGCAACAGACGAGUUGCAAGAAACGAGUUUCGGCAACCGCACGACGGUGACGGCCGUCGCUGGCGACGUUUGGUCCGUCGUUGGCCAAGCGCACAUUCAAAGAUUGGACGUGCGUGAUUUAGUCCUCCAACGGCUCGAUGAGACGCUCAUUAACGGGACGGAGCGACUCAGCGAGUUAAGUCUAGUCGGCUGCGGCCUGGCCUUCAUCGCUAACGCCACCUUCAAUAACCAUCUCUAUUUGGAGCGGCUUGAUUUGAGUCAGAACCAGCUGACAGUUCUUUCACAGGACACGCUGACAGGUUUAAUCCGGCUGAGGAGUUUGGACCUGUCGUCCAACAAACUGACGCUGAUCGACGGCACACUGGAGACCCUGAUCAACCUCGAGCAACUCAAUUUGCGUGGCAACGCCCUAGUCGUUCUUGGAGCUGACAUUUUCAAAGGUUUGAAUCGCCUACAGUCCCUAAAUGUCGACGGCAACCGAAUCGGCGCCAUUGCGGAGAGUGCCUUUCAAGGAUUGGGCCAGCUGGCCCACCUGAUUUUAAGUUCUAAUCCACUGGGUGAAAUACACCACGUCGACCUUUUUGCCGCUCGGCCGGCCUACGUCGACAUGAGCUCGGCCGGACUUCGCAGUGUACCCAGUCUUAUUGCUCGUUACGUCAGGGAUCUCCGGCUGUCAGGUAACAAUUUCAGCCGGUUGCAUCGAGGCGAUUUUGAGAGCGUUCCGCAAGUGCGGCUGUUGCUGCUCGACGACAGCCACAUCGUCGAGAUCGAAGAGGACGCGCUGGGCAGGAUGGAGCUGCUGGAAGAGCUCUCGCUGAACGACAACCAACUGGCCAGCGUUCCAGCCAGUCUUCCGUCUACCUCGCUCUCGUCGCUCCACUUGGAGGGCAAUCGAAUUACGGCCCUCGCAGCUGCAGAUUUCAUCGGUCUCCGACGAUUGGAUCAGCUUCAUUUGGCGCGCAACGUUAUUGUCUCGAUCGCAACGGGGACUUUCGAUCAAUUGACGAGCCUGACUCGACUGGACUUGCGAAGUAAUCGACUGAGCCACGUCAGCGCCGAGGUUUUUGGCAGUUUAGUCCGAUUGCGUUUUCUCGAUCUGUCAGACAAUCCGCUGGUCAUCCCUGGAGCGGAUGCCGAAAGGCUACGACACUUGACCGCAGUAGUCAAGGUUAUCAUCGCUGCCGUUCCCGAUCAACAAAAGACGGAGGGCGAAUCGAUGGUUGCCAUGGCAACCGAUGCACUGGAUGCUGCAGAGACAUCGACGAGUACGAUUCCAGACAGCGCGAUGAGGCUCUCCCACAAUGGCGCUAAUGAACCGUCAGAUACGACUGAGAAGGAGGUGACAAAAUCACCCAAACAGGCGCUGGCUUUAGUGGGGGCGUUGCUCAGCCUGUCAAUCCUCAUCGUCGUCCUAUUCAUCAUUGCCGACCGUUUCAUGAAACGAUCGCAUUGGAACCGCACUAAAACGACGGCGCUAUGGAAACGACGACGCGUCGCCGGAGUUGAAGACGCGUCGGCUCAACUGCCGCAAAAGGAUUUCGUCAAACUCGGAUGGAUUCCGGCCGAGGAUUUCGAUCACUGGAGCACAGUGCUCAUCCAAAACGAUACGGAGCACGAACGGCUCCUAUUGGCAGUUUCACCACACCAUUAAAUACAAUUUAAAAAAUCAAUCAAUCAAUAAAAAUAACCCACCCUAGAAAGGAAAAAGAAAAAAAAACAAAAAAAACUAUGCCGACGCUGUUUCACUUCGACCAAAAUGACUCGCACAGGCCGGAAUCAAAUCAAAAUGGGGAUCCGGUCACAUUCAUACCUCGAGGCACAAACGGAAAAGUGGGAAUGAUGGGGUCUCUCUGCAGCCAUCGAUUUCCCUCGCGCCUUUCUCCCCCAUCUCUUUCUCGUUCCUACCCUUAAAAAAUUCGAACGCAAAGCAGCCAGGGGCGACACAGUAAUAGCGGGGAUUUAAAAAAAGAAUGAGAGAGAAAGAGAGAGAGAGAGAGAGAGAAAAAAAAUGGAUGUGUUCACUUACUCGGUAAAUCGGUGUGAAAGAUUUCGCGUAAAAGAAGUAAUUCGUGCUCUGGACCCACUUCAGGCGGGCCAAAGACUUCCCCUUCCGGCCAAACGUCACGGCAAGUUCGCAGUAGAGCUACAGCCAGAUGGGUUUUGGCCUCCUUGAGCAGUUGCUGAAUUUUACCCAUGGCUAUAACCCUAAAUCCCCAAAAAAAAAACCGAUGGAAAUUAAAAUUUAUUUAAAAAAAUAAUAAUUGAUGAUAUCUUGCAAUUGAAAUGUUGAAAAUAAAAAAUCGUGUCAACAA